AGCCGGAGCACCUCAGAUUCACUGUAUUUUUCAAUCUAAUUAGCAUCUUUGGGUCAGACAAUCCUAAGUUGUCGUCUUAUUGUCACGUGACGCUAGCGGCGUCCACGCGAGCACCAUACGGCAUUCCCCUUAACCCCUUCAUCUCAAACUGCACCCAGUCUACCACAAAAAAGCUGGUAACACCUACAAAGGCUAUACGCUUAGAUCUCCUUCAAUUGCCUACCAGUACGAUUAUCUUAAAUAUUUCCGCUCGUACUCGCCAUACCAUUCCUGUGGAUGGAGGUUGCCAGUCCUACAGGCACCCUAUAUGCGUGCUCGUAACCCGAAAAAAUACACGAAAAAUUCACCGACGUACUUUAGAAGUGUCCGCAAAACACGCCUCUUACCUCUCUGUAUCUCUUCCCAACCAAAAUGACCUCUAUCGAAGACAUUGAGAUCGACGUCUCGCAAAUCGACUUUUCCGACUUGGAUGAGCAAUUCGCCGUUGAAACCAGCGCCGGGUACGACCACUACGUGGUUGUUGACGGGGCGCCGGUGGCACCAGAAUCCAAGGCCCCAGUCUUGGUCAAGGUCCUCUCCAAGCUCUUCAACACUGUCGGUACCGUUUCUAACGUGGAGAUGCCGAUCGAAGACGGCAAGACCAAGGGGUUCCUCUUUGUCGAGUUUUCCUCCGCUGCUGAGGCUGAGGAAGCCAUCAAGAAGCUCAAUGGCAAGAAGUUGGACCAGAAGCACAGAUUGUUUGUGAACAGGCUCUCUGACAUUGAGAAGUACAGUGCCGACAAGGUCUCCGACGAGUUUGUGUCGCCAUUAGUGCCCGAGUUCGAGGAAACCGACUAUCUCCGCUCGUGGUUACAAGACUACCAGGGCCGUGACCAGUUUAUCCUCCAGAAGGGUGAUAUUGUCGGUGCUUUCUGGAACAAGAAGAAAGAGCAGCCAGAGCCUGUGGUUGAGCCUAGAACGCAGUGGACCAACUCCUUCGUCCGUUUCUCGCCUAAGGGUUCCUACCUCUUCUCUCUCCACCCACAGGGUGUUCAGGCAUGGGGUGGCCCUGAGUUCUCGCGCAUGAAGCGUUUCCCGCAAUUCCAGGCGCGUCUCAUCGACUUUUCGCCUUGUGAAAAGUUCUUGGUGACCCUCUCCCCAGAGCCAAUCUCGGUUCCACCGGAGAACCACCCAAGACGCAGCGCGUGUCCGUUCGGUGCUGAGUCCGAAGGCCACAAGCUCGUCAUCUGGGAGAUUGCGACCGGCCUUCCGGCCCGUACCUUCCGUCUUCCAGACCAUCUUGAGAAGGAAAAGAAGAUGCCAUGGCCGCUUGUCAAGUGGUCCCACGACGACAAGUACGCCGCCAGAUUAGGUCCAGACGCUUUGGCCAUCUACGAGACCGAGACCUUUGGCCUUUUGGACAAGAAAACCAUCAAAAUCGAUGGGAUUGUCGACUUCGAGUGGUCUCCAGCCCCGGUGCACCUCGCCAAGACCGCCAAUUCUGCUGGCGAGCACGUGUUGGCCUACUGGACCCCGGAGUCCACCAACCAGACCGCUAGAGUGUCGUUGAUGCAGGUGCCUUCUAAGGAAGUCCUCAGAACCUCCAACUUGUUUCACGUCUCUGAGUGUAGAUUACACUGGCAAGAUGAGGGCAAAUUCCUCUGUGUCAAGGUGGACCGCCACACCAAGUCGAAGAAGACACUCUUCUCUAACCUCGAGUUCUUCUCGCUCACCGAGAAGGACAUUCCUGUGGAGAAGAUGGAGUUGAAGGAGAAGAUCAACAACUUCGCGUGGGAGCCAAAGUCUGACAGAUUUGCCAUCAUCUCCCGUUUAGACAACGGUAACCUCAAUCCGGCGGUUCCAAAGAACACCAUCUCGUUCUACGCGCCGGAAAUCGAGUCCAAGGGCAAGAUUGCCGCGUUGCGCAAGUGGAAGGCCUUCAAGACGAUUGAAAACAAGCACUCCAAUAUGCUCUCGUGGUCGCCAAAGGGGCGUUUCAUCGCCACCGGGACCGUGCCAGAACAGGGGCACGCCGGUGAAAUUGACUUUUUCGACAUGGACUACGAGGAGGCCAAUAAGGAAAAGAAUGAUGUCAACGCCAACUUCAAGCAGAUCGGCCACCAAGAGUUCUUCGGGUUAUCGGACAUCUCCUGGGACCCAUCGGGCCGCUUUGUUGCCGGGUGGUCGUCGUUGUGGCACCACAAGAUCGAGAACGGGUACAAGAUCUUCUCGUUCGCCGGUCAGUUGACCCGUGAAGAGUUGAUCGAGGAGUUCAAGGACUUCAGAUGGAGACCUCGUCCAGCAUCCUUGUUGAGUGCUGCCGACCGUAAGAAGGUUAGAAAGUCCUUGAAGGCGUACUCGCUUGAGUUCGAGGAAACCGACGCCAUGGAGGCCGACGCUGCCACCAGAGAGAUCAUCUUGGCCAGACAUGCGCUCUUGGACGAGUGGAAGGCCUGGAGAGCCGAAGUGGAGGUCCAGAAGGCGCAAUGGGCCAUUGUCGGUGAGGACGAGGUCAAGCCGAUUGUCAUUGAGGAGAUCAGAGAGGAGAUCUUGGAGCAGAAGGAGGAGCUCGUUGUGUAA